AAGUGUCUGGUCUGUUCGUCGCUUCUACGUCUUCCUACUGUCAGUUCGGUGUGUUUGUUUUCUUGUUGGUAGUUGAUAAAUUAACUUGACACUUCUUCUGCCGAUUUGAACGUUUUUUCAAAUACGACACACAGUAUUUAAAUAACCCAUUUUAAGCAGUGAAAUUUAAUGUUUAUUUUUUAGAGAUUUUUGCUUCAGAAUGGGUUCGCUAACAAGUAGGCAAAAUGCAGGUGUAGAAGAAGUCGAUAUAGUAUCAAAUCAUGCUUAUAAAUAUCCACCUAAAUCGGGUAACUAUUUUGGAAGCCAUUUUAUAAUGGGUGGUGAGCGUUUCGACACGCCUCAACCUGAGGCUUACUUGUUUGGAGAGAAUGCUGACUUGAACUUCCUCGGUAGUAGACCUACUCCUUUCCCGUACCCACCCCCUCAAGCCAACGAGCCCACUAAAACACUCAAGAGCCUGGUGAACAUUCGCAAGGAGUCACUGAGACUGGUGCGGGCCAUGGACAAUGUCAAGGGUGACAAUGACCUCAUUAAACCUACCAACUUCAACAUUGAGUUCACAUUCGACUGUGAUGCUCGCACGGCCAUAACAAUUUAUUAUUUUGCCACAGAGGAGUUCACACCUACAGGUGUUGUAUACUGUCCCCGAGACCCGACAUUGACCUCUGAAACGUAUUGCUACAACCGAGGCACCAAUCAGCUGUUCAGCCAGCCUACCCACAUAUUUGAUCCCAGUCGUUACUCAGACGAGGAGCUCUCUUAUAACGCUGACAGGGAGGUCAUUCCGGUAGCAAUACACUGUGUCGCUUAUGAAGGCCUUGAAGACCAGAAGCAGAGUCACACGAGCAUUGCAGUUGUGGAGAGACACUCAGACGGUACUUACGUGCUGAAGGCACUCAAACAGCGGCUGUACGUAGACGGUCUGUGCUAUUUGCUGCAAGAGAUAUAUGGAAUCGAGAAUAAAGGAAAUGACACUGUUAAGGGCAACAGUGAUGAAGAGACUGAGGACAAUGGUUCAGAGUGUGUGAUCUGCAUGUGUGAUGUGCGCGACACACUUAUACUGCCGUGUCGUCACCUCUGCUUGUGCAACUCAUGCGCGGACUCCCUGCGCUACCAGGCCAACAACUGUCCUAUCUGUCGUGCUCCCUUCCGAGCUCUCCUGCAGAUCCGGGCCUUGCAGAAAUCCACUACACAGCUCCCCUCGAUUCCCCAAGAGACCAACUGUGAAAACAUUCCCGCAGGCUACGAGGCUGUGUCACUCAUAGAGGCUCUCAACGGGCCAUCUCUUAGCCGCAGCCUGGCCCCAGCCUUGGUAGUGGCUCUGGAACCCAUGGACCACGAUGACACCGCAGCGCAGGCAGCCGAAGUGCUCAACAGGUCCUGUAUUGAGCGGAUUCCCACAACAGUGAAGUUGCCGCCAGAGGGAGAGGGGACACCAGAGGUGCGCAUGUCCGUGCUACUGGCGCGCGAGGGUGAGGAGAAAACCAAGUCUCCGCUCCUUGCGUCUCGACGGCGCGACAAGGCUGCUGCUCGGCCCCGAGACACUGUGCGAGUCGUCAACGAGAAGAUUCCUGUUCCAGACGAGACACAGGACGAGGACAGCGAGGCCGAGAAGAUGUCUCCGCUUUUGAACGGAGCAGCCAGCACCGACUCCCCCUCACCUUCCCCUCCCGUCAUGGCUCAGGAAGAAGGGGAGGAGGAGGAUCUGAAGACAGAACUUCCUCAGAGCGUGUCGGGGUGUGAGGGGGGCCUGUCAGUGGUCUCGGCGGGGGUGCCCGUGGCAGGGGAAGACUCGGAUUAUUAUACACCAGAGGAUCCUGCCACCACCAUUCUCAGCCCCCUCCAUUCCGAUAAGGAUCGAUGUGAGAGGGAGAGAGAGCGUGUAGUGGAAGGAGUGGGCCGGUGGAUGGCCAGAGAAGGCUUGUCACUACCCGGUACACCCUUGUCAACGGCAAGCCACCGUUCCAGUGGUGACAGUUACAGCUCUAGCGGCUCUACUCGGCUACUACUCUCCACCAAUGACAAGACUACUAUAGCAUAAUCAUAUACUGUAUAUUACAUUAUAGCCGAAGCUAUUAUAGCUAGUUGACUGAUAAGAAAAGACAGUAUUAACAUAUACAUUUAAUGUAAAUGUUUUUUAAGAUGUUAUUAAGGUCUUGACAUUUUAUUCAAUUUUUUAUUGCUAAAUAUUUAUAUUGUAUUUCUCUUAGUCAAGAUGUCACUACAUUGCGUUAUAGUUUAUCCAGUAGAAUCAUUAUUUAAGUAAUCUAUUCAAAUAUUUUACUUUUAUUUCUUUUUAUUCUUCCAUUUUUGUCAGAAUAAUUCAUAUUAUAUAAUUUUCUCUGUCUGUGAAUCUCAGUAGUACACAUAACUGUCAUUGUUCGAACUUAUGGUGAUGUCUAAAUGUUGUUAAGUAGAUAAUAGUUUUUUUUAUAAUAUUUCAAUUUAAAUCACUACUGAGAGUUAGUUAACAAAGAUAUAAAUAUCUAAUUUUGUAGAAAAAUAUUAAAUUCAUUAAUGUUUCAUUUUUUUACUCUGAUUCCAAAACUUGAUUUUUGUUUACGAUUCUUGAAUUAUACACCAAUCUCUAAAAAUAACAGUAUAUCAUCUAUCCAAAUUUGUAAUAUGUAUUUGCUCGAUCUUAUGUACUGUACUCUAAAACUAAUUUGAACCAUCUUAUAUGAUCUUUAUAUAUUAAAACAAUAUACAUGUAAAGUAUUUUAAUAUAAUAAAUAUAUAUAUA